GCCCCGCCGGGCCAGGCUCAGCGGCCAUGUGACCCCCGCGGCCCGGUCGGGACGCGACGGGACGGGACGCGCUGGGACGGACGUGGGGGUCGCGGGCGCGGCCAGGGACGGGGACGGCAUGGAGCGGAGGUGGGUCUUCGUGCUGCUCGACGUGCUGUGCGUGCUGGUCGCCUCGCUGCCUUUCGCCAUCCUGACACUCGUGAACACCCCAUACAAGCGCGGGUUCUACUGUGCAGAUGACUCCAUCCGCUACCCCUACCGUCCAGACACCAUCACCCACGGGCUCAUGGCUGGGGUCACCAUCACAGCCACCAUUGUCCUUGUCUCGGCUGGGGAGGCCUACCUGGUGUACACCGAACGUCUCUAUUCCCGCUCUGACUUCAACAACUACGUGGCUGCCGUCUACAAGGUGUUGGGGACGUUCCUGUUUGGGGCUGCAGUGAGCCAGUCGCUGACAGACCUGGCCAAGUACAUGAUAGGCCGUCUACGGCCCAACUUCCUGGCGGUGUGUGACCCUGACUGGAGCCGCGUCAACUGCUCAGUCUAUGUGCAGGUAGAGAAGGUGUGCAGGGGGAGCUCCACCAACAUCACCGAGUCCAGGUUGUCUUUCUACUCCGGACACUCCUCCUUUGGAAUGUACUGCAUGACAUUCUUGGCGCUCUAUGUGCAGGCGCGGCUCUGCUGGAAGUGGGCACGGCUGCUGAGGCCCACGGUGCAGUUCUUCCUGGUGGCCUUUGCCCUCUAUGUGGGCUACACCCGCGUGUCUGACCACAAACACCACUGGAGCGAUGUCCUGGUCGGCCUCCUGCAGGGUGCACUGGUGGCUGGCCUCACUGUCCGUUACGUCUCCGACUUCUUCAAGGUGCGGCCCCCGCAGCACUGCCUGCCAGAGGCAGAGCUGGAGCGGAAGCCCAGCCUGUCACUGACGCUGACCCUGGGCGAGGCUGGCCGCAGGCACUACGGGUACCCGGUCUCCUCCUCCUGAGGCUGGGAGCUGCUGGGCCAGGGCCCAUGUGUGCACACAACUGGCGGCUCAGGCUGUGGGCCGGUGUGUCUGUGGUCCCAGCAGGGCCCUUGCCUGUGAUGGUGACAGGGCUCUGGACAGGCUCCAGGUGCCCUAGCUGUUUCCAAGAGGGGGUUCCACUCACCCCACUGGUUGUGCACUGGACCAGGGAUCAGAGUGCCCAGGGCAGCCCCAGUAUUUGGAAGGGGGACCCUGUCCUCAUGAGCUCUCAGUUCUCUCCCCUUCUUUGGUUGGGCAGGAAGGGACCGAGAGAUGGGGUGGAUGUGUUUUAUACAAUGUAACCUAUAUGGGUUUUUAGUAAAAUAGGGCGUUUGCUUGACAAAUGUUA